AUGGCGGAGGGCUGGCGCUGGAGCGAGGCGGCCCGGGGCGCCCCGCGGCCGAGCCCCCGCCGCGCCGUCAGCGUCUGCGAGUCGCUGGACCUGCAGGGCGUCCCCGCCGUCCAGGCCGCCCUCAAGGCCGCGCAGCAGCAGCGGCGGCGGCCCAAGAGCUUCUGCGCGGCGGGGAACGGGCUGUCGGCCGCAGCCCUGCUGCCGCCGCCGCCCCCCGCCCGCGCCCGCGGCAGCCUGCUGGACUUCUUCAGGCUGCGCUCGCCCCGCAAGCAGGGCCCGGCGGCCGAGGCCGAGGGCGACGGCGUGGCGGCCCUGCUCGCCGGGGCCGACGGGGCGCAGCGCCCGCGCCCCAGCAGCACGACCUUCCUGCCCUCGGCCCGGCAGCCGCCCCCUGCGGAGAGUCCCGGCUUCCUUCGAGGGGGCUCCCUGUGGGGCAGCCGCCGCUGGAACCUCUUUGGGGGCAGCGGCCGGAGCAGCCCCGGCCCCAGGAAGAAUUUCAGCUCCCUGCGCAAAAGCUUCAGCUUCCGCCUGCGCCGGGGCCACGAGCUGCGGCGCUCCGAGUCAGGGGGGCUCCUGCGCCCCGCGCGCCUCCGCACCAAGAGCGAGGGGGACGCCAGCUCCCUGCACACCUGUCCCAGCAAGCGCGACCUGCUGUACCCGGAGCUGGCCAGGGUCGGGGGCAGGCUGCACGCCGACCCCGGGCAAGCGGGAGGACUCUGGAGACUCCUCACGAGCCGCUUCCGAAGGCGAGAGCGCGGCAGCACCGGCAGCGUCUGCCCCAAGGACCCCCCCAGCACUGCCGAGCCCAUCCUGCUGGGUAGCGGCCCGUUGCGAGCGCUGGAUUCGUUUGUGAACAGCCAGGAAUGGACCCUGAGUCGCUCGGUGCCUGAGCUGAAGGUGGGCAUUGUGGGGAACCUGUCCAGUGGCAAGUCAGCCCUGGUGCACCGCUACCUGACCGGCACCUACGUGCAGGAGGAGUCUCCAGAGGGUGGCCGAUUUAAGAAGGAGAUCGUAGUGGAUGGUCAGAGUUACUUGCUGCUGAUUCGAGAUGAAGGGGGUCCUCCCGAGCUCCAGUUUGCUGCCUGGGUCGAUGCUGUGGUGUUUGUCUUCAGCCUGGAGGACGAGAUCAGUUUCCAGACAGUGUACAACUACUACCUGCGGCUCUGCAGCUACCGGAACACGGCGGAGGUGCCGAUGGUGCUGGUGGGCACGCAGGAUGCCAUCAGCGCCACCAACCCCCGCGUCAUCGAUGACUCGCGGGCACGGAAGCUUUCCAAUGACCUGAAGCGCUGCACCUACUACGAGACCUGUGCCACCUAUGGACUCAACGUGGAGAGAGUCUUCCAGGAUGUGGCUCAGAAGGUGGUGGCUCUACGGAAGAAGCAGCAGCUUUCCAUCGGGCCCUGCAAGUCCCUGCCCAACUCACCCAGCCACUCGUCUGUCUCUGCAGCCUCCAUCCCUUCUGUUCACAUCAACCAGGCCACCAAUGGUGGAGGAGCCUUCAGUGACUACUCCUCCUCGGUGCCCUCCACCCCCAGCAUCAGCCAGCGGGAGCUGCGGAUCGAGACCAUUGCUGCCUCCAACACGCCCACCCCCAUCCGCAAGCAGUCCAAGCGGCGCUCCAACAUCUUCACGUCUCGAAAGGGCGCGGACCCAGAGCGGGAGAAGAAGAUCCCGGAGUGCAAAGCGGACAGUAUCGGCAGCGGGAGGGCCAUUCCCAUGAAGCAGGGCAUUCUGCUCAAACGCAGCGGCAAGUCUCUGAACAAGGAGUGGAAGAAGAAGUAUGUGACGUUGUGUGACAACGGGGUCCUCACCUACCACCCCAGCCUGCAUGAUUACAUGCAGAACGUCCACGGGAAGGAGAUCGAUCUGCUGAGAACCACAGUGAAGGUUCCGGGCAAGCGGCUGCCCAGGGCAACGACGGCGGCAGCCGCGGGCGCCAGCCCCAAGGCCAACGGGCUGGCCAAGGAGCGCAGCAGCUCGCAGCUGGCCGGAGGCGCAGGGGCUCCCCACUCGACCAGCAGCACCUCCCUGCACUCGGAGCGCUCCAUCAGCGGCAUCAACCUGGUGGGCUUCAGCUCCAAGCCAGACGGGAUGCACCAGCGCUCCUACUCCGUGUCCAGCGCGGACCAGUGGAACGAGGCCAUGGCCAUCCCUGGCAGCUGCCCCAACCCCUCUAAUGGUACUGCCGAUUCCCUCAGCUCCAGCCCCAACAUUUCCAGCGCUGCCAGCCCGAAGCUGGAGCCGCCUCCGUCACCGCACGCCAACAGGAAGAAGCAUCGCAGGAAAAAGAGCACAGGGACAACCCGGCCUGAUGGCCCCAGCGCGGCAACAGAAGAACCAGACGAGCCAUUUGAGUUCAUUAUCGUGUCCCUGACGGGCCAGACGUGGCUCUUUGAAGCCUCAACAUCGGAGGAGCGUGAGCUUUGGGUCCAGGCCAUCGAGAGCCAGAUCCUGGCCAGCCUGCAGGGCUGUGAGAGCAGCAAAAAUAAGGCUCGUCUGGGCAGCCAGAGCGAUGCACAGGCCAUGCAGGCUGUGCGCACUGCACGCGGCAACAGCUUCUGCGUGGACUGCGACGCACCAAAUCCGGACUGGGCAAGUCUGAACCUGGGCUCGCUGAUGUGCAUCGAGUGCUCCGGGAUCCACCGCAACCUGGGCACCCACCUGUCCCGCGUGCGCUCCCUGGACCUGGACGACUGGCCCAGCGAGCUGCUCAUGGUCAUGACAGCCAUCGGCAACGCUCUGGCCAACGCCGUCUGGGAGGGAGCGGUGGAAGGCUACCCCAAGCCCACCCCCGAGAGCAGCCGGGAGGAGAAGGAGCGCUGGAUCCGGGCCAAGUACGAGCAGAAGCUGUUCCUGGCCCCGCUGCCACAGUCGGACAUCCCGCUGGGGCAGCAGCUGCUACGGGCCGUGGUGGAGGACGACCUGCGCCUCGUGGUGACGCUCCUGGCACAUGGCACCAAGGAGGAAGUGAACGAGACCUACGGGGACGGUGACGGGCGCACGGCGCUGCACCUCUCCUGCGCCAUGGCCAACGUCGUCUUCACGCAGCUGCUCAUCUGGUACGGGGUGGACGUGAAGAGCCGGGACGCCCGGGGCCUGACGCCGCUGGCCUACGCACGGCGCGCCGGCAGCCAGGAGUGCAUCGACAUCCUGCUGCAGCACGGCUGCCCCAGCGACGGCGCCAGCAGCGCGCUGACGCCCAGCUUGCCCCGCCGCAACGCCAACGCCAACAACAACGCCUGCGCCGCAGCAACGGCAGAGCUGGGCGCCGGCCACGGCGCUCUGUAGCCGCUGGCGGGCCCCCCGCUCGCCACACGGCCGCCCGCCAGCCCCACUUCGGGCACAGGGACUCCCGGGACAACCGCCGGGAGCCGGCAGCCUGCCCUCGGCACCGGGGGCUGUGCAGAGCUGCACUUGGCUGGCGGAGGGGCAGCCUCGGAGGCACUGGACCGGGGGUUCCAGCACAGGCUGUUCUCAUGACCGGUACAGGACGAGGAGACCCGGCCUCUCUGUGCCCCCCAUCACACACAGCUGGAGGCAGCUCGGGCUGGAGGUGGCUCGGGUGAGUCCCCCGCUCAGCGGUACGGGCAAGGGUUGCUGCUCACCUGCUCUCCCAGACGGUGGGGCAGGCUGGGCGCUUCCCGCCCUCCCUCCCUCCCUCCUGUGUCAGCCUGGCCGUGUCCCCCCCCCCGGCCACGGGGAGGAGGGGGGCAGCAGGAGGUACGAGCUCCCCACUGCAUCCCAGUGCCCUGCACCGCUGCUGGCAGGUGCCAGAGGGAGCCGCUGGCUGGUACCGUUCCCCACGCGCUGAUGCUGGAGGAGCAGCUCUUCCAUGCAGCCUCUGGGCAAAGGCCUCUCCAGCCUCCCUGGUGACUCAGAGGGGGAAGAGGAUGGUCACCCCAGGACCCCCAGCUGUAUCUGUCUGUCUGUAAAGUCACUGUCCUUCCAGCUUCAAGCCCCAAAGCCGUACACAGUGUCUCCAUCAGAGCAUCCCUGUGGGCUGCCGCUGCCCAGGCGGGGCUGGUCUCCGGCUGAGCAGGAGGAGAGGGGAGACAGCAUCUCCCUCUGGUCUGGGCCGAGCCUGCAGCUGAGUGCUGGAACCCUGAGGCUUUGGACGCUGCUGUGGAAUGUCUCUGUCACUUGUGUAUAAAAUGUACAUUGGAAAUAUUUAUAUGGACACUCUGUAUAUACUGUUUCUUUGCCAUGAGUUGCCCUGUGUGUGUUACCUGCAGCCAAGGAGAUAAAGGCCAAUAAAGCAACCCACCUCCUGCCA